UCAUGUAUUUUAACAUAAAGCAAAAUUUCAAGCGCAAAAUUGAAAUGCGUGUUUUUUCAUGCGUGCUUUCUAAUGCACUGUGAUGACGGGAUAGAUUGUAACCACAGUUCUCUUUACUUGACGCUACAGUUUAGGAACUAGAUUUCAAAACAACGUUUAUCUGAGGUAAAAAAAGUCUGAAGCGCAUAUAAGCACAGUAGCUGGUUAUAUAUGCCACUGCAUUUUUUGCACGACCCGCUCCCAUAUGGAGCCGAGGGCAUCCUCCAGAGAUUAGGGUUCAUGUCCAUCCUAAACUGUUUGUUUACUCACAUCCCCAAGUGUUGUCGUCUAUCUGAACUCCUUAGCAUAACGUCUUUUGCCCCACUCGUUUCUGACAGGCAUUCAGUCAGAUGAAUGUGUAAACAGAAGGGCGGUCUCAGGUGAGAGGCUUGAGUUUCACCGGCUUCCGAAGUGUUAUAAUUGAGCCUUCAGAGUUCAUUGAUCAGUCAGAGAGAUUGGCCGUGCUGGAAACUUAUCAGAUCUUUGUUUUGUUUUUUAUCGAGUGUUUCUUAAGAAUGAACGAGCACUUUCUAGGGGGUUUGGUGCCACUUUGGUUGAACUUUUAAGUCCUGUUGGACACCUUUAGGAGCGUGUUAAACAUGGAGGAACUAAAAGCCCCCGUGGGCUUUUUCCACAAGUCCUCAUUCAGCAUCAGCAGCUUACUGCUCCGACACGAGGGCGCGAGAACCGACACUAUCGCCGCGCCCGAAGCGCUGCGCUCCCGUGCCGCAAAGCCGCCCACCCGCUCCAAUCAGUCAAGCGACGGAAAAGACAAGCCGAAUCGAGAGCGGAACGAAUUAGGGAACAGACCGGAUAAAAAAGAGGUAGCUGGAGAGUCCAAGUGCGAAGUAACUGAUGGACAGGAAAAGAAGAGUAAACCCGACAAGCCUCCGUUCAGCUAUAACGCGCUUAUCAUGAUGGCCAUCCGCCAGAGUCCGGAGCGACGGCUCACCCUCAACGGCAUCUACGAGUUCAUCAUGGGAAACUUCCCGUACUACCGAGAAAACAGGCAGGGCUGGCAGAACUCCAUCCGACACAACUUGAGCCUCAACAAGUGCUUCGUCAAGGUCCCGCGCCACUACGACGACCCUGGAAAAGGCAACUACUGGAUGCUGGACCCGUCCAGUGAUGAUGUGUUCAUCGGCGGAACCACCGGAAAGCUCAGGCGCCGGUCUACAGCGGCGUCCCGAGCCAAGCUGGCCAUGAAGAGAGGCGCGCGGCUGUCCUCCACCUCCACCGCCGCCGGACUGGCGUUCGCAGGCUCGUUUUACUGGCCCGUCCCGCCGUUCGUGACCCUCCAGCAUCGUCAUCCGAACCCCGCGACUCACCACAACAACUACGCCGCGUCCGUUCUGUCCCAAAGCUCGCGUCACUUCAGCUCGGUCAGUCCCGCUGCGGAAAGACUUCUUCUCCCGUCCGGCCAAGAGGCAGCUUAUUAUGGGAUGGGUUGUGAACAGAUGACCUCCACCUCCUCCUUCACCGCAUCUGCCUCUGUGCCUCUUCCUCUCUCCGCGCCCUGCUCUUUUAAUUUACUCUCCAAUCAGUCCAGUUACUUUUACUCUCAUCAGGUGCCUCACACAACGGGACUGUCACCCUGGUCGCAGGAGGAAUCGUACCUCUCCAAAACAUCUCCUUCUGGACAGUUUUUCCCGGGAAAGCCAUCUGCUUCAACUGAAUAUAUUGGAGGACUAUGUACAGACAUUCCCAAUUAUUUUCCUCAUUUUAACACAGCCAGCUCCAUGCACUGAAAAACUUGCAAUUUGUUUUUUUUAGCUGUUUGAUAAAAAGCUUUUUUUUUUUUAAAUCUCUUAA